AUGAUCGAUCACAAUAUCUUCGAAGACCUGCAGGCCAAGAUUGACGAGGAGGCUGCAGUCCGCGAUGAACUUCAUGAUAUUGUGCAGACGCUGGCUAGGAAGGGAAGAUCAACCCAGGCUAUUCUGUCGCGGGCUCAUUCUACACCCACUGAUCAGUUGAAACCUGUCCUCGAUGACGCAACUAAGGAGAUCAUCGCCCAGAGGGAUGAAGUAUCUCGGUUGAAGACCGUGGCAGACAAGCACCCGUUUUACAAGUACAAUGGGGUGUGGACGCGCGAGUUGCAGAACCUUGUCUCAUCCAUCGAGCUCUGCGCUUGGCUAGGCGGACUGGAAGAGUACAAGACGAACAGCUCUUCUUCGUUCCUCACGAUUGAAGAGGUUGGGAAGUUCCUGGGUGUCCCCGUGAAUCUCAAAGAACAGGAUGCCUUCCAUCUCACAAUUGAGGAGUAUCUGCUUGCGCUGAUUUCUAUGGUUGAGGAGUUGGCCCGCCUGGCUGUCAACUCGGUCACUCUCGGUGAUUACACCCGGCCGGUGCAGAUUGGCAAUUUCAUCAAGGAUCUGUUUGCGGGAUUCCAGUUGUUGAAUCUGAAGAAUGAUAUUCUGCGGAAGAGGAGUGAUGGGAUUAAAUACAGUGUCAAGAAGGUGGAGGAUGUGGUUUACGAUCUCUCUUUGCGCAAUUUGAUCCCCAAGGGUAGCGCUGCAGCAUGA